AUGAUGACGUAACUUGACUGACAAGUUCCUCAGAGAUUCUAUCAAAGAGAAAGUCAUUGUUUCUGAGAAGUUCAAAGAGUAUUUAUGUGAUCCGCUAUACAUGUACAUCGUAUUUCAUGAUAAACUGCCCAGAACACACACUAUCUAGAAAGAGUGAAAGGAGCGCUGCAAUUUAUCAAACGGUCAUGAAAUCGCACGUAAUUUAUGUAUAUAAAUAUGUUCACUUUAUAAGUACAGUUAUUUACAAGCGACUGAUACAAAUGCAUAUUGGAAAGGAAAAACAAUCCCAUUAUACAAAUGGGUACAUGUAAUUACCCGGCCCGAUAGAGAAAGCAGUUCGGUCAUUAUCUAUCUAUCUAUAGAUAACACCCACUUUAAACCGAAAAUAGGAAAUCCCCUUUUAUAGUACAAUGGCUGAAAGUUGGCUUGAUAAAGUUAUCUCUCGGGCAACUAGUCAGUACUUCUAUGCAAAUGAAACGAAAACGGAUGUCGUUAACACUGUAAGCGAUUUCAAAGACUUGAGACCUGGACGUGAGCCAUACUAUUUCGAAAAUGGGAAGAGACAGCAUUUAUUGACACUAGAUGGCACCAUCCCGGUAUCUUACAGAGGGUCUGUUUACAACAUACCUAUCGUGAUCUGGCUUCUGGACACCCAUCCUUACCAGCCCCCCAUGGUCUAUGUAAAACCUACCAGUACAAUGAAACUCAGGACCAGUACUGCUGUAGACUCCAACGGGAGAGUGAAUUUACCGUAUCUUAGAGAUUGGGAGUAUCCCCAAUGCGACCUCCUGGGGUUAGUCCAUAUCAUGCUCAUCAUAUUUGGCGAGGAGCCACCUGUGUUUUCUCGCAGAUCUACAAUAUGGCAGGCAUGUGCAACUCCAGACCGUGUCCAAACCGAUUUGUCAAGGGAAAAUUUUCAAGGUCAGACAAAAAAUAUGAAUGAAAAAGAAUUUAUGCGUUUCGUAAAACUCCUCAAACUUGCCAGAGAUGCUCUAGAAAGGUUCUUUAAUGAAGUUUUCCCAGCAUAUGAACUGCAAAGCAUAUUGUCAGAAAACGAACAUCGAAUUAAAAAUGGACCCUCGAAAUUACAAACGGAGCAGUUGUCUUUACUUUAUCCAGGUAGAGGAAAAGAUGUUGACUUGAGUUUAUUUGGAAUAUCGACCAUGUACCACUUUCUAAGAAAUUACGCAGAAGAUCUUGACCCUCCUAGUAAUGGAUGGGGUAGAGAACCGCAGAUUGGCCAAAAGAAAGAAACAGAUGAUGUUGAGAGAAUCCGAAUUCAUAGAAAUCGUAUUAUUCAGAUGAUAGAAUUUGAUCUUGAUAUCGAAGAUUUUAUCUUAAAAUGGGAGGAUCUCAAGCAGGAUAUUGCAGACACAUCUCUAAGGACGUUAUGGGAGUAUAUAAACAAUAGAAUUCUGGGAUAAUCUCUGUGGAUUAUUACGUACAUUGAAGCAUAGGUAUAUUUGUGAGUGCAAGUAUUUCACCUUUAAUUCAUGUGGAUAUAUUGGCAAGCUGCGAUACCAAACAACAACAAAAAAUAAAAACCAAAUUUGUCCCGGGUUCCAAGUAAACAUUCAAAAUGCUUAUGAGGACAAUCAAAUCAAUUAUUAUUACAUCUACCUUGUAAACUUCAGGCGCGAUGGAACAGGUGCGAAGUUACAUGUGGACGUGAUUUGACAAGAAGACUGGUUUCCAUAGUGUGUGAAAGUUCCAUGUUAGACAUGACCAGAAUUAAGAAAACGGAUCGAACACUCUAGUACAUAACGAUACAUGCAAUGAAAUCUCUGUGUAUGCAGUGGUUAUGAUGACAUACCAAGUUAUAACACAGUCCAUCUUACACAUGUGAUAUGUAAUAGAGUUAACUAUAAUACAUGUAUUUUUUCAGGCAAUCCUAAGACUAAGUAAAGGAGCCCUCUUGACUGAAGUAGAAAAGCUUUCAACAUAGACAGCAAUGCAACAAUAUAGCGAUAUAAGGUCUCAACCGUGCGCAUGUUUUUGUGCGCCGUAAAUCGAAGGUUUUUACAAGGGGUGGAUCUGUAGCUCUCUGAUCUGUCCCAAUAUUUUUUCAGAGAGCUACAGUUAUGCAGCUAAGACUCAUGGUACCACCUGGCAGUUGGUCCAUAUAUCAAACUUUGAAUAUAGUGUCACCACCUGACGAUUGCUCCAUCUACCAAACUAUGAACAUAGUGUCAUCAAACUCUGAAUAUAGUGUCAUCAAACUCUGAAUAUAGUGUCACCAAACUAUGAAUAUAGUGCCACCACCUGCCUUUUGCCAAAUUUCCAUCAUAGAUCCACCAACUGGCAAUGAAAAAUUUGCUAACAGAGGCCCACUAACAGGUUAUUACCAAACUCCCAACAUAUAGGCCUACUUGUACAUGUUAACAAAUAUUAACACAAUUACUGUGUUAAACACCACUCUGAUUCUAUUAUUACUCUGAAGUCGUUAUUGGAAAGAUGCUGGAGUCCCUAGUCUUUAGCUAUCAGGUCUUCCAACUGUCUUUUGGAAUUCUCAUGGGUACAACCUGUGCUCCAUUAUUAGCCGACCUCUUUUUCUAUAUCUAUGAGGCAGGAUUUAUUGAAAAAACUUCUACAUGACAAAAAAUAUUUUGCUGUAGCAUUCAACUUGACAUUUAUGUAUAUUGAUGUUUUACCGAUUAAGAAUACUUACUUUUCAUUCACCUGUUGAUUCAGCAUAUCCCAGUGAAAAUGAAAUAAAAAGAUGCCACUAA